GCGCGGAUCCACAGGAACCAAGCCCCAACAGGGACCUAAGACCCCUCGGAUCCCGCGCAGAUGACGCACGACCAUGCCCGCUACCACUGACGCCAAUGCACAAGCCAGCCCCAAGAGGCCGGUUACCCCUCCUAUACCAGUUCAGCAGGCAGAUGAAAUGCAACUAGCGUUUCUCAAACGUCUCCAGCUCUACUCGGAGACUACGGCAGCUGAACUGAGCAAGUGGGAAGAGGAGGAAGCCACCCGCCAGCAGGCAAUCCAACGCCAGCUAGCAGAGGCAGAGGCAGCACGUCAGCAGGCCGCAGCCGAAGCUGCAGCAGCCGCGCGGUUGCAGCAGCAGCAGGUCGAGGCAAGUCAGAAUCAAGCUCGUUACUUGGCUACAAUGGAGCUCGCCAACGAAGAAGCCACGUACUGGAGGAUACUUCGACAACAGCACUUUCGAGCAAACGAAGAACAAGAGGAGCCAACCGAGGAAGAGAGAAGAAAGGAGGAAAUAGCAGUACUAAUGGAACUGCUGUACACAUGCAAUUGGCAGCAACGCGAGCUGCUGGCCAUGCGGCAGACCCUCAUCCGCCACGAAGCAACGCUUCGGACGCAGGAACAGAGGAUCACCGCCUUGCAGAACGCGAACAGUCAGCUGCAGACCACUGUCGGCACAGGGUUGGCACGACUGUCUGCAGUUGAGUCGACAGGCAGUGCAGUGGCAGACUGCAGCCCAGCUUUGGCCGCGCAGGCCAAGCAACUCGAGGAGCGGAUCAACCACGUCGUAGCAUGCCUUGGCGACAUCAGCAAGUUUGUUGGAGCAACGACAGUCAGCAAUCAGCUGUAGACGCUCAGCGACCACGUUCAGCAACAACCGGUUGCCGUUGCAUGGAAGAUGCCGAACUUC